CUUCCGCCUCUCCAGUCGUUUUCUCCCUUCUCUGUUUUCUCAAUUUCUUUUAAUUCCACUUUCAGAUCAGUAAGUGUCGGUUACCAACUCCACGCAAAAUCGAUUAAAAAGCUCCAAAGAUUUCUCCUCCUAUGCGACUCUCAAUUCAAAAGCAACUUCAUCAGUGAGCUCUCGAGCUUCUUCUCCAUCUCUAUCUGAAGAGACAUGGCCGAGGUGUUCGUGAAAUCAGUAGAGAAUGGCUUAAAACUUUCGAAAAGGAUUUACUUCGGGAAGGAUCGUGAUGUUUUACCUCCGAAAAUUGAAGUGAUGGAGACAAACCUACAUUCAUAUCUCCCAACAGCUCCGAUGGUUUACGCUGUCAUUUAUGAUCCUUCAAUUGUUGAUAAUCCUGAUAUUCGGAGCUACCAACCUCAUGUCUACGGUUGCUGCGAUCCCCCGGCGUUGAUUCCACUUCAGAUGAAUGGCAUCGCUCUUGAAGUGCAAUGUUAUCUGGACACUGCAAUUAUUACUGUUAGUGGUUCCUGGCGUGUUCAUUGCGUCAUAGGAAGCAGUAGCUGCGAUUGCCGCCUUGCCAUCCCUAUGAGCGAGAAGGGUUCGAUUCUAGGUGUUGAGGUUGAUGUUGCUAGAAAGUCAUAUUCUACCCAACUGGUUGCCAUUGACGAAAAGAUUGAUGUGGAAAAAUUAGCCAAAACCAGACAUGGAAGCUUUUUGAAGCCCCAAAUCUUUACAGUGACAAUACCUAUGAUUGAUGGAGGGUCCAAUCUGUCCAUUAAAGUGGGCUGGUCUCAGAAAAUAUUCUAUAGUGAUGGUCAGUUCUCCCUUGAUAUACCAUUUAGCUUUCCAGAAUAUGUCACUCCAUUUGUAAAAAGAAUUUCCAAACCAGAAAAGAUACAGUUGAAUGUGACCUAUGACGCGGGGACUGAAAUUUUAUGCAAGACAACUAGCCAUCCCCUGAAGGAAAUAAGACGCCAAGCAGGAAAUUUGGGAUUCUUAUAUGAAGCAGAUGUUCUUACAUGGUCAAAAACUGACUUUAAUAUUUCGUAUAUGGUUAUGUCAAGUGAAAUAUCUGGUGGUUUGCUCUUGCAAUCACCUUCUGUACAUGACUUUGAUCAAAGAGAGAUAUUCUGCUUCUAUCUUUUUCCUGGAAAUCACCAGCAUAGAAAGGUAUUCAGAAAAGAAGUGGUAUUUAUCGUCGAUAUUAGUGGGAGUAUGAAAGGAGGACCCCUAGAAAACCUGAAGAAUGGGCUAUUUACAGUUCUCUCCAAACUCAAUCCGGAGGACUCAUUUAACAUUAUAGCUUUCAAUGGAGAGACAUACUUAUUUUCAUCAUUAUUGGAGCUGGCAACCAAGGAAACAAUUGAAAAGGCAUCUCAAUGGAUUAACUUAAACUUUAUUGCGGAGGGUGGUACAAACAUUUUGCUUCCACUAAAUCAGGCGAUGGAGAUGUUAUCAAAUACCUGUGAUUCUAUUCCUCUCAUUUUUCUAAUUAUUGAUGGGUCAGUUGAAGAUGAAAGACACAUUUGUGAUGCUAUCAAAAGUAAUCUGAGAAAUAGAGAAUCAAUGGCUCCACGCAUUUCUACUCUGGGCAUAGGUUCGUAUUGCAACCAUUAUUUUCUGCAAAUGCUUGCACUUAUCAGUGGGGGUCACUAUGACGCAGCAUAUGAUGCAGAUUCAAUUGUUUUUCGUAUGCAAAGACUAUUUAGGACAGCAUCAUCCACCAUUCUUGCCAAUAUAACCAUUGACAUUUUCGAGCACCUUGAUGUAGUUGAGGUGUACCCUUUCCAUAUUCCAGACCUCUUAUCUGGAAGCCCAUUGGUUGUGUCAGGUAGAUAUCAUGGGAAUGUUCCAAGCUCUCUGAAAGCCAGAGGUGUGCUGGGAGAUAUGAAAAAUUUUGUUAUAGACUUGAAAGUACAAAAGCCAAAGGACAUUCCUCUUGACAAAAUUGUGGCAAAGCAACAAAUUGAUGUACUUACAGCUCAAGCAUGGCUUCUGGAAAAUAAAGCUAUCGAGGAGAAGGUCGCAAAAAUGAGCAUACAAACCAGUGUUCCAUCUGAAUAUACAUGUUUGGUCUUACUUCAGAUUGACAAAGGGAAGCAGGCAUCCAAAUCAUUUGGGAUUCAACAGGACUUGAACAAUAUUGACCUCCAGAGGCCGCUAGAAUCCGAAGGCUGCAAAGUAAUUUUGCUUCGGAGCUUGGGCUUGGGCUUUGGUAACUUGAAGGCAACGGCUGAGAACAUUCCUCUAGGAUUUGUAGAAGGUGACUCCUCUGAACCUGCAGACAUACUAAUAAACGCAGCUUCAAACUGUUGUGGCAAGCUGGCCGAUUAUUUCUGUUGCAUGUGCUGCAUCAAGGCUUGUUCCACGUUGAAUAAUCAGUGUGCCAUCACUCUUACACAGCUUUGCACUGUCUUGUCAUGUUUUGGCUGCAUCUCCUUCUGUUCAGAUCUCUGCACCUCCUGCUAGUUGUUCUUUAAAGGUAGUAUGCCAUAUUCUUCUGUUUUAAGCGUCGUUGACAUAUAAAUAUUGACAAUCUCCUUAAGUUAUUUUUGACUGGUUAAUCACUGCUACAAGAGAAGUAUAUGAUGCAUUUUAGUGACACUGCUUAGACUCAUCGGUUGAGGGCCUCCAAGUUGUUGAAAUGAUUCAUAGCCUAUUGGCAGUUUAAAUUUUCACUA